AUGCUCCCCCAUAGAGCAGAGGCCGGGGACUGGUUCUUGGACAUGCAGCUGACAGGCAAGGUUGUGCUGUCGGCUGCCGCGCUACUCCUGGUGACCGCUGCCUACCGACUAUACAAGUCAAGGCCUGCCCAGGCCCCCCUUGGGGGUGGACACACCAAGGCUGAAGGCGGAGAGGAAGCAGAGGGCUCGGGGCCACCUGCUGUCAUCCAGGAGGGUUCUCCCAGGGCGCUGCCGAGGGGGCCGCGACGCCGGAGGGCCAACGAAGGGGCUGGAGCUCCUCUGGGCUGCAGCGAGGAGAAUCCGGGGGUCUCCUGUGUCCUGGCAACAGCAGUCACAUCCAGAGACAGGGAGCCCAAGAGGAGAGACACCAGUGAGGAAGGGGCGGGGCAGUGCCUGGACUCUAGGCAGAUUCCUCCUCCCUGCAGGGGCCAGGAAGCCGGAGCAGCAUUUGGCGGUAAGCCUGACCCUCCCCACCAUCCUUACUUGAGCUGUGAACCCAAAAGCUCCCCAGCUGGACUCAAUGCAGCAGAUGGCAGCCUUGUAGGUGAUAAGCUUGCCCUGUGGAGGGACUGCCAACCCCCAGAGCAGCAAGUGGUGGGGCCGCCAGGCUCUCCUCAUCAGCACUGGCUGGCCCACAUGGAAGGCAGCAGUAACAUGAACAAGACCUGGGUCUUGACCCGUGUAUCAGGGGUCCACAGGGAAGAGGCUGACACCCUCCGUGCUGCCUCGGACAUGGGCCUGGCCUUGCAUCAGCAGGACAGGGCCACUGACGUUUGCUAUACCUUCUCGUCCAUGGCCCGCAUUCGAGUGGAGGAGAACUUCAUACAGGAGAAGAUGGCGGCGGAGAGCAGGCCCAGGCUGAAGGGCAAGGUGUAUGAGUACUAUGUCGAGUCCACCUCUCACGCCAUCUCUAGAGGCAAGCUGGCCACUAGGGCUGCUGUCCUGACUGAGGCUCCAUCCCCUGUGCCAGGCCCCCUAGGGACCAGGGCAGUGUCCAGGGGCCAUGCCGAUGACACAGAAGGUGGAGAGGAAACAGUCGCCUCCUCCCAACCUAUGCCAGCUACCGCCACACCUGGCUUAAGCAGGAAGGAGAGCCUCCUCCAGAUUGUGGAGAACCCAGAGCUUCAGCUGCAACUCGGUGGCUUUAGGGCCCCAGCUUCCCCUGGCCCAGACCAGGGAGCUCCACCUGACUGCCCUCCAUCCCUGGAUUCCAGCUCAGCCAGAAGCAACGUGGAGCCCCGCAUACAGCUCGUAGCUGGGACCAAUUUCUUCCACCUCCCGCUCAGCCCCAGCUCAGCUCUGGACAUCCACCUGGACCUGGGCAAUUGCUACGAGGUACUGACCUUGGCCAAGAGGCAGAACCUGGAGUCGCUGAAGGAGGCAGCCUACAAGUUGAUGAGCGACAAUUACCUACAGGUCCUGCGAAGCCCAGACAUCUACGGCUGCUUGAGCGGAGCUGAGCGGGACCUGAUACUCCGACGCAGGCUCCAGGGCCGCCAGUACCUGGUGGUGGCCGAUGUCUGCCCGCAGGAGGACUAUGGCCACCUCUGUUGCUAUGAUGAUGAGCAGGACACCUGGCACCCAUUGGCCGGCCUGCCCACUGAAGCCGUGUCCCAGGGCUGUGCCAUCGGCACUCUCUUCAAUUAUCUCUUCAUGGUGUCUGGUUGCCAAGGGCCCAGGUGCCAGCCUUCCAACCGUGUCUUCUGCUAUAACCCACUGACGGGAAUCUGGAGCGAGGUGUGCCCGCUGAGCCAGGCCCGGCCCCAUUGCCGGCUGGUGGCCCUGGACGGGCACCUGUAUGCCAUUGGGGGCGAAUGUCUGAAUACAGUGGAGCGUUAUGACCCCCGCCUGGACUGCUGGGACUUUGCGCCGCCGCUCCCCAAUGACACGUUUGCCCUGGCGCACACGGCCACGACCUGCGCUCGGGAGAUCUUUGUCACGGGCGGCACGUUGCGCUACCUGCUGCUGCGUUUCUCCGCCCGGGAGCAGCGCUGGUGGGCCGGCCCCACAGGAGGUGGCAGGGACCGCACCGUCGAGAUGGUGGCAGUCAAUGGCUUCCUCUACCGUUUCGAUCUCAACCGCAGCCUGGGCAUUGGCGUGUACCGCUGCAGUGCCAGUACCCGGUUCUGGUAUGAGUGCGCCACGUACCGGACGCCUUAUCCAGAUGCCUUCCAGUGCGCGGUGGUGGACAACGUCAUCUACUGCGUGGGGCGCCAGCGCGCUCUCGUUUUCCUGGCAGACCACAUCUCACCCAGGUUUUUGCCCGGGGAGCUGCAGAGCUUCCCCUCCCCGAGGGGCACCCUCCUGCCAACCGUCCUGACCCUGCCGGCUCCCGAUGUGCCCCAGACCAGGGUCUAG